AUGUUCGACCGGCUAAGUAAUGAUUCUACACGUAGUACUCGUCAUGCUCCUACGCUUUCCAGUUAUCUGCUCAUCUAUGGUGCUUUACGAUCAAGCCAAUACACCAUUUCCGAGAAGGGGUCUUCAUUCUUAACUGCAUCCCGACAUCAUAUACUAAUGUAUCUCAGUAUGUGUCUCCACUGCAGCUAUUCUUACGCUUCCUACUCACCCUACGUAACUACGCAACCAACCCGCUUUGCACGCCCCAUCACUCUCCGCUGCAAACCCGCUCGACGGAACCUCACGGGACGUCUUCAAGCAAAGGCCGUCCAGCCGCCCACGACGCGGCUUCGCACCGAUCCACCAGCCAAAACACAUCCUACGCCAACCUAUCUACCAACUGUUGCCGAGGCCGUUCCCUCGUCUUAAAGCCCCUCCCUUGCCAUUGUCAUAUAACAUGCCGCUCCAGACUGCGAUCCGCUGUCGUCCGGAUGCCGGUGCGGCAGGGAACGGAAUCCGUGUAUGGUCAAAAGCGUCUAGCAGUAUGACGCGCGUGUUUCUGUCGUCGGUGGCGCGUCUUUUCGUUGCUAUCCCACGUUAUGCCGAGCUGAAGCUUUGGGUCGGCGAGAUUGAGAACCGGGUGCUAUCGGGUGGAGAGCUUACUGUGCCCCGUCUGACAGCGGCGGCUAGGCUCCGCUGGGAGCCGGUGCAGGAGCGUAGGUACUGCCUUUGAAGGUGGGAGUGGCGGAUGUCGGUGCCGCCGCGAUGCUGUGUCGGUAGGUCGUGUUUUUG